AUGUGCAACUCCCAUCAAUUGACAACCACCGUACACAAUUGCCUUGAAGAGCUUGUCCCAGCACUCGACACCAGAGCUUCGUCAUUUGCCGAUUGUGGUCAACUUGGAAUGUCGCCAUGGAGGAUCUUUUGUGAUCAAGGACACCAUGCUUCCACCAUCACCUCGUAUGAUAAAGCGCUACAACGUGUACCAGCCGCGGAUUCCAGACAUCAUCAUCACCCGUUCACAGCAAAGGAAACAUCGUACAACGUUGCGAACAGGCUCAUCUUUCUCACGAACACCUUGGUCUAUGCAGUACCUGAGGACAAGAAUAGCCAUGGCAAUUGGAUUGGGAUUUCGAAUUGGAAGGCCUCCUUGGAAACGAGAGAACAUGAUCAACUACUGGAGAUGGUACCUUACAUCAAAGCACUUGUUUUAUUGGAUGCAUACAAUUUCAAGCGUUGA